AUGCGUCUACCAGAAGCACACGCCUACUGUCAUAAACUAAUUCCGGAUGGUUCUGCUCAUGUUUUACGAGUUGAAUGUGGCGGAGAAAAUGAUUAUAUCAGUGGUCUAGUGAAAGGACAUUCAGAUAAAGUAUGGAUUGAUGCGAGAGCUAGAUUUGAUAUUGUUGAUGGGUCUGCUGGUCUCUUUGGACCUGGAUUUGUGUAUAGAUGGCCAAAUGGAAAAAUGGUUCGAUAUUCGAAUUGGGCUGAUGGGAAUGGUCUUGAAGAGAUUGGAACGUCGGACAAAUGUGUGUUUAUAAAGAAUGAUGGACAUUGGAUAAAUGCAAAUUGUUCAUCAACUGCAGCAGUUAUUUGUGAGAAGAAACUACACAGACCUUACUCGAAAUUCUGCCCAAAACACUGGGUUUAUAAUAAAGAAACUCAAUCUUGUUAUCGGACAAUUUCAAAGACAAAUAUGACGAUUUUGGAGGCUGAUAACAAAUGUUUUGAUUACGGGUUCGAACAUCGACAAGAUGCAAUGCUCACAAGUAUUCAAAGUGAAAGUGAGAAUCAGUUUGUGAUGAAUUUGGCAAAAGAAAGAGAUGCGAAUUUUGAAUUUAUUUAUCUUGGAGGGUAUGGAAGGUCUAGAAACGGAAAUAAGUGGCAUUGGAUGGAUGGAUCAGAAUUCAAUUAUUUGAAUUGGGAUCGUGGAAUGCCAUUUGGAAGAAGAGCAUUGGCUGUUCUCGUGAUGAAUAAAAGAGGAAAAUGGAUCAAUCACUAUGCUGAUAAAAUCUUAUCACAAUACAAUGCCGUGGCAGUUUGCAAGUUCAAAAGUUGA